AUGAAACUCUUUACUCUCAUAGUUGCAGGCAACCUCGCCUUGACUGCAAAUGCAUUCUGGCGCAUGGAGUGCCGCGCUAGGUCUGGUUUGGCCCGUAUCGACCCUCUUAUCUCACCGGGCGAAGUUGCACAGCACCUUCAUUCGAUUCAUGGCAGUGGAGGCUUUGGUGACAAUGCCACUUACGACGAUCUCAUGGCCUCGGACUGCACUUCUUGCGCUGUUACUCAGGACAAGUCCGCUUAUUGGCAUCCGUCCCUGUUCUUUGAGGAUACCACGACCGGAAAGUUUGAGAUUGUCGAGCAGCAAGGUGGCAUGCUUGCUUAUUAUCUCCUCUUUCCCAACCAGGGAGAGAAACUUAUUGCCUUCCCCAAGGGUUUUCGCAUGAUUGCGGGCGACAGCUUGCGCCGCAACUACUCGGACGCCCUUGGUGAUGUGAGCAAGCCUGAUCCUGAAAAGUCAGUCUGGGCCAAGCUGGGACAGACCUCUCAGCCCGACCUUCAGCAGCGUGCUAUAGGAUUCAACUGCCUGAAUUACGCCAAGGCCCCUGAAGGCUCGCUCUACCGCCAUGUUCUUCCUGACAAGGCGUACCUUGAUGCGAACUGCGCUGAUGGCAUACGCUUCGAGAUGAUGUUUCCGUCGUGUUGGAACGGUGUAGAUACAGACUCUCCUGAUCACCGCUCCCACGUUGCCUACCCGGACUUGGUCAUGACGGGCACGUGCCCCUCGACCCACCCUAAACGUCUCAUCAGUCUCUUCUACGAGAUUAUCUGGAACACGGCUGCCUUCAAGGGCCGCACUGGCAGGUUCGUCAUCUCCAAUGGAGAUAUUCAGGGAUUUGGCUACCACGCUGAUUUUAUGACUGGUUGGGAUGUCGACUUCCUGCAGAAAGCUGCCGAUACCUGCACAAACCCUUCUGGCAGAAUCCAGGAUUGUCCGCUCUUCACCAUUCAGGACGACGCAAAAGCCGGGCAAUGCAAGAUCAAGCUUCCAGAUAUGAUGGCUAAGGAGAAUGUUACUGGCCCCGGCUUGCCCGCUCUGCCCGGAAAUGUCCCCAUUCAAGUUGGCCCGCAGCCUGCUACUGACAAGAACCCGCCACGUGCCACUUCGGUCCCUUCGGUGCCCGUUAUGAGCUACCAACCGGGGGCGACGCCGACUGGUGAUCAGUAUCUCCCUGGUCAGGUGUUCAAGCAGUCUGGCGACGGCGUAGGUGCUGCUGCUGCUGCUACUCAAACACCAUACCCCGACCCCAAGGAUGACGACGAUUACGGUGCUGCAUCUGUCAAGGCUGAGGCGGAGCCCGCCUCGACUACUCCCACUCAGUCUCCUCCUCCCUCUUCUCCCUCUCCUCCUCCCUCAUCUACCCCAACUCCUUCCCCUCCACCGCCUGUCAUUACUCCCCCACCUACCCCCGUCACUCGCGAGGAGAGCAAUGACGGCGUGAGGACUGAGUACAUCACUAUUGGAAAUCUUGUUCAGAAGAUUAUCUGGGUUGAGGACAUCACAUAUGUCACCCAGUAUGUGGAUGAGGUUAUUGUAACCACAGCAGGGGGUCCAGCUCCUCCUCCAUUAGUCCGCCGACAGCUGCGUCACCUUCAGAAGCACGCCCGCGCUCAGUGA